CAGACAUCUCUUCCAAUCACAGUUACUAUUAUUUUAAGGAUUUUCAGUCAAAAGUGACAUGAUCCUGCACUCUCCAAGCACAUCAGUUUUAGUACCUGAUGGGCAAAUAGCAUCAAAGUUAGCUCUCUCCGCUGUUUGAAAGCAAGAUAAACAUUUUGCUCCACACAUUCAUUUCCUUUUGCAAUGAACAUCCCACUCAUGCUCACGUGAUAUGCUCAAGACGACCGAAAUUUCAUGGCUAUGAUGUGUAGAAAGUUGGCUUAAUCAAAUUGUUCCAACACAAUACUAACAGUUACAUCAACAAACGUAGAUCACAAGACUCUUCCUUAAAAAGUACUUCAACGUUGCAACCCCAUCUGAUUUAAGUACUGAAAACCUUCCUGAAGGGCGAAUUUAAGUUAAAGGUGGUGUCUUUAGAAAGAUCGGUGGAUCGUGACCCAGUUGUUGUGUUCUUGUUGAGAUAGAAAAGAUGAGGGGAAAGGCAGCUUCGGGAAAGACAAUUUUGUUCGUAUGCAUUGCAUGCUUUCUUGCAGGAACACUCUUUAGUGGCCAGAUAUGGACACGACCCUCUAACCAUGAAAAUACACUGCAACCAUCCACCCCCGAUUGUGAUCACAAGCGAAAACUGAUUGAAGGCAGAUCUGUUGAUGUAAUGGAGGAAGUGGUGAAGACUCAUCAAGCUAUCAAGUAUCUGGAUAAGGCAGUUUCGACGUUGGAAAUGGAACUGACAGCAAGUAGGAGAAGCCAGAGUGGUGGGAAGCAAAUGCGAAAGCUUAAUGUACAAAAGGCUUUUGUGGUGAUUGGUAUUAACACAGCUUUUAGCAGCAAAAGGCGAAGAGACUCUAUACGAGAAACAUGGUUACCUAGAGGGAAUGAGUUGAAGGAACUGGAGAAAGAGAAGGGCAUUGUUGUAAGGUUCGUGAUCGGGCACAGCAGCACACCAGGGGGAGUUUUGGAUAAAGCAAUCGAUGCAGAAGAGGCAGAACACAAGGACUUCCUGAGGUUAGACCACGUCGAGGGCUAUCAUGAGCUAUCCACCAAGACUCGUCUCUACUUUUCCACCAUCACUUCAUUGUGGGAUGCUGAUUUCUACGUCAAGGUAGACGAUGAUGUCCACUUAAAUCUAGGAACGCUAGUGAGCACACUUGCCAAGUACCGAUCAAGACCCAGGGUUUACAUUGGUUGCAUGAAAUCUGGUCCUGUUCUAUAUCAAAAAGGAGUAAAGUAUCACGAGGCUGAGCACUGGAAGUUUGGAGAGGAAGGAAACAAGUACUUCAGGCAUGCCACUGGCCAAAUAUAUGCCAUUUCCAAGGAUCUCGCCACUUAUAUAUCAAUCAAUUGGCCAAUAUUGCACAAAUAUGCAAAUGAAGACGUAUCUUUAGGUUCGUGGUUACUGGGCCUCGAAGUUGAACAUGUGGAUGAACGGUCCAUGUGCUGCGGAACACCACCAGAUUGUGAUUGGAAGGCAAGGACAGGGAAUGUGUGUGUGGCAUCAUUUGAUUGGUCAUGCAGUGGUAUCUGUAAGUCGGUCGAGAGAAUGAAAGACAUACACAAAGCUUGUGGAGAAGGACACGGAGUUGUUUGGAACAUUGAACUCUGAUUCUCUAUUUCAUACACAAAAUUUUAUACCUUAAGUAUUUUGCAUCUAGAGAAAUUUAAUGCAUUUUCUUUUUCUUUAGUUGAAAUUGUUAGUUUUGUUCUGGAUACUUGUUCCUCCAAAAUACACUAUAGUUAUUUUUGUUUUUUUUUUCAAUAUAUAAUCUAGUUUUCCCUUCCAUAUUCUGUAAUGCUUGUAUCCAUAAAUAUUUAUUUAAGGAACACUUGUGCGACGACGGAGUGAGUAGAAUAGAUUUUUACAAAGACAACGA